AUGCUUUUUCCUUUUCUUAAAACAGAAUGUCCCGUAACAACAGUAAUACCAUCCCUUCAGAAUGGAAUGUCUUGUAGACUGUUGUCAUCUUGUACUGCUGUGGACUGUUGCUUGGAUGUAAACAUCAUAGGUCAUUCUAUCAACACUGUCCUAAGGCUUGACCCCUGCAACCAGAGACUGACCAUUGGUAUAGAGAACCUUGUGUUUAAUGUUUCCUUGUAUGACUUUGAUUGGGCCACUGCUCAUAAACUGUACAUGGACAAUGUGUUCCGUUUAGACUAUGCCAUCUAUGACUUAGAGAGUGACCACCAAUAUAUGAUAGAGUUGAACAUCAGUCUAUGUUUUGAAUCAUCAGAACCAUGCAUGUUUACACAGGCAGUCUUCUCUAACACAAAACUGACAAAGAAACCUUGUGAUUGGCAGACUGGAUUUGUUAAUCAAAAUAUCUAUCUUAAAAUUGUAAUUGGCCUGAUUGAGUAG